AUGAAGACAGGGGCUUUUAUACAGAGACUUUCCACUCUGCAGCAUGGAUUUACCAAGGAGAUGAUGGGGACUCAGGGGCCAUUCCUCCCAGCCUCAUCACUAGAACUCGUACUAUCUCAAUUCGUGAGAGGACUGUCAAGAUCAGCAAAGGAACAGGAGAGUAUCCUUGGGGCUUUCGAAUACAGUUUUCUAAACCAAUUGUCGUUACAGAGGUUGACACAAGGAUGCAGGAUAAUUCAACUCAUUGGAGUUUCCAGAGUAAGAAAAAAAACACAAUCCAAUUCCCUUGGCUACGGUGAACAGAUGUCCCAGUUUCAAGAUGGGGCAGCUGAGGAAGCUGGGUUGAUGGUAGGAGACUAUGUCCUGGCUGUCAAUGGAACUGAUGUCACCAGCAUCCCUCAUUCUGAGGCUGCUGAUUUGGCUAGGCAAGGUCCAGAUGUUCUAACGUUGACCAUUGGGUCAGACAUUGCUCGUGGUCCUAAUACGCCAAGACCAGCUUGUCGUGGUUAUCUUCACAAGCGUACCCAGUCUGGUCUGAUUAAAGGCUGGAGGAAGAGGUGGUUUGUACUCACACAUGACUGCUGCCUUUACUACUACAGACACAAACGGGAUGAAGGCAAGAGGCAGGCUUUAUCUGCAGUAAAGCUGGAAGGGGCUGAUGUGGGACCAGAUAUUUCGCUGGGAAAACCAUUUGUGAUGAGGUGCCGCCCUCAGUCUGGUAAUCGGGUGUACUUCUUCUGUGCUACUUCCAACCAGGAAAUGAAAAGGUGGCUGGAGGCUAUGGAGAAAGCUAUUCAUCCAAUCACACAGAACCACGUGUGGGUGGAUGUCACCAGACAUAACUCUAAUUUGCCCCCACUGGCUGUGAAAAACCCUGAUUGUCUUGGAUUGCUUCAUAAAAUGGACAGAGACAAGGACAUGUGGUUGCAGCACUACUGCAUUCUGAAGGAUGGUUGCCUCUACAUGUACAGUGGCAUCCGCGCUACUCAUGCACUUGGUGGGAUCUACCUUCAUGGGUACAUGGUGCGAGAGCAACCUUUUGGAUUCAAGAAAUCCACCAUUGAGCUGAAACCUCCAUCGGAUGAGUUCAAGACUUUCUACCUCUGUGCUGAAAAUCCUAAUGAGAAUAAACGAUGGAUCAUAGCUAUCAAAGCUUCAAUAAAGAAGUGGCUGCCUUUACAUCAGGCCCUUCAGGACUACAUAAAUGGACCACCAGAAGAGACCAGGAUGUGA